CAGCCAGCAACAAGUAUAAUGGAGUCAUGUGUCCCACCCGGAUUCCGGUUCCACCCUACCGACGAGGAACUUGUUGGGUAUUAUCUGAGGAAGAAGGUCGCAUCGCAGAAGAUUGAUCUUGACGUCAUCAGAAACAUUGAUCUUUACAGGAUCGAACCAUGGGAUCUUCAAGAGAGAUGCCGGAUCGGAUACGAGGAGCAAAGCGAGUGGUAUUUCUUCAGCCACAAGGAUAAGAAGUAUCCAACUGGGACAAGGACUAAUAGAGCAACCAUGGCUGGUUUUUGGAAAGCAACAGGGAGAGACAAGGCAGUGUAUGAUAAAUCGAAGCUGAUUGGCAUGAGGAAGACUCUUGUUUUCUACAAGGGUAGGGCUCCUAAUGGCCAGAAAACUGACUGGAUCAUGCAUGAAUACAGGCUUGAAUCCUACCAAAAUGGACCUCCACAGGAGGAAGGCUGGGUUGUUUGUCGAGCAUUUAAGAAGAAAACAACUGGUAAAACCAAGAACAUUGAAGUGUGGGAUUCAAGCUAUGAUGAAGCUAGUGGUAUUAGCUCAGUGGUUGAUCCACUCGAAUACAUGUCAAGGCAACCCCAGAGUUUUUUACCUCCAAAUUUCUUGUGUAAACAAGAGACCGAGCCAAAAAACUUGAACUUCGCCCACCCUGAUCAGUUUGUGCAGCUUCCUCAGCUAGAGAGCCCAUCUCUGCCAUUAACAAAGAAUGCAAGCUCCAUAUUACUAAUAUCAGACAAUAACACGCAUCACAAGGAAGAAGAAGAAGAACAAAAGCAGAAGACAAAGUGGAACAGUGCCGAGAAAGUGACUGAUUGGAGAACCCUCGACAAGUUCGUUGCUUCUCAGCUGAGCCAAGAAGACAGAUACCACGACUUUGAUGCGGACAAUAAUAACAACUCAGACAUGGCAUUGCUGUUGUUACAGGGUAGUGGUAAUGAAGAAGGGGACAAAUUUAAUGAGUUCUUGAAUUCGAGUUCAGAUUGUGAUAUCGGAAUAUGCAUAUUUAAUAAAUGA